GAUAGGGAUUAAUAAUUUCUCCGCUGGACUGUAAUGUACUGUUAUGGGCGAAAACCCUAGAGUUUCCCUUUCAUGAUCAAGGCCAAAAGAUGCUUCCUUCCUUCUCGCGCCUCCGUCUUCUCUCUCGCCGCCCUCUAUACAUAUUCGUCAUCCGCCGCCCACUUUCUUCCAACUUACCUCCCUGCAUAACUUCUCUUUCUCACUCCUUUCUUCUUUUGCCCUACUCCCCACAUUCUCCUUUCCUGCCUCACCUCAGCAUAUUCCCCUCCCCCUAUCCCUCCCAAUCCAUUCCCUUCUCUUCAAUACCAGAAUCCUCCGAUCUCAAUGAGUUCUCAUCCCUCACUUCUGUACCCACGCCAGAGUCCAUCAUCUAUGUCAUCAAGAAACUCGAUAAAGUGCCUCAAAAGGCCCUCGACUUCUUCAACUUCGCCAAAGCCCAUUAUGCCCUCGUUCCCGGUCCCUCCGCUUACAACCUCAUGCUUCGUAUCCUUGCCCACAAGGACUUCAUCUCUGACUUCUGGGUUCUCCUCAAUUCCAUGCAAAAAAAUGGCUAUAAGCUCGACGAAGGCGCCUAUCGCGUCAUACUCGGGUGCUUUAAGAACCAGAAGCUCAUCGCUGAUAGUUCUUCCCUCACGAAAUUCUACUAUAGUGCUAAGGAGAAGUCAUCUACUGAUGCAGCUGUUAAGUACGCGGCCAAAAUCGUUCUGGACGCUCAGGACUGGAGCAAGGAGGUCGAGAAAAACUUAGAAGAUCUCAAAUCAUCUGUGUCGGAGGAAUUGGUUGCGAUGAUUCUCAGGGAGUUGCGCGAUUACCCGCAUAAAGCACUUGUUUUUUUCGCUUGGGCUUCAGGGAUUCCAGAUUACCAGCAUGGAUCGGUUGCACACAACGCCAUGGCUCUCGUUCUUGGGCGUGACGAAUCUAUUGGGGAGUUCUGGAGCUUGGUGAAGGAGAUGAGGUAUGAUAUGGACAUUGAUACUUAUGUGAAGGUUACAAGACAAUUUCUUAAGAGGAAGAUGAUGAAGGAUGCAGUUGAACUUUAUGAAUUCAUGAUGGAUGGACCAUACAAGCCAGCUAUUCAGGACUGUGGUUUGCUUUUGAGGCAACUCUCUUUGAGCUCAAAUCCAGACCUGGAUUUAGUCUUUAGGGUGGUGAAGAAGUAUGAAGCCGUGGGCUAUUCUUUAUCAAAGGUUGUUUAUGAUGGGAUUCACAGAUCUUUGACAAGCACAGCAAAGUUUGAGGAAGCAAUGGAAAUCAUGCAGAAGAUGAGGCAAGAAGGUUAUGAGCCGGAUAAUAUUACUUAUAGCCAGUUGGUAUAUGGGCUAUGUAAGACAAAGAGAUUGGAUGAUGCUUCCAAUGUUUUAGAUGAGAUGGAAAAAGGGGGAUGCACUCCAGACCUGAAGACAUGGACAAUUUUGAUUCACGGAUAUUGUUCAGCUGGUGAUGUUGAUGGAGCAUUGGAGUGUUUAACAAAGAUGAUAGGGAAGAACUAUGAAGUCGAUGCUGAUCUUCUUGAUGUGUUGGUCAACGGUUUGUGUGGUAAGAAAAGGACUAAGAGCGCUUAUACUUUGAUGGUUGAGAUGAUUGAUAAUGCUCAAUUGAGGCCCUGGCAAUCCACCUACAAAUAUUUAAUUAAGGAGUUAUUGGGCGUGGGAAAGCUUGAAGAGGCAUUGAAGCUACUAAGUAUGAUGAAGAACUGCAAAGUUCCACCUUUUAUCGAACCAUUUGCUGCACAUAUUGCAAAAUUUGGGACAAUUGAGGAUGCCAAAGAAUUUUUGAAGAUAUUGGCUGGCAAAACAUAUCCAUCUUCUACAACAUAUGUAAACCUAUUCAAGGCUUUCUUUGACCAAGGUAGGUACACCGAAGCUCAAGAUUUACUUUUUAAAUGCCCACAUCAUAUUCGCAAGCUUGUAGAUAUAAGUAAAUUAUUUGGAUCUGUAAAAGGUACGACUGCAAGUUGACUAUGUAGUAACCUUUUUUUAUUAUUAUUUUUUAUUUUAUUAUAAUGGUUUUGGAUC